AUGUCUUCCGACCCUUCUGGUUCAUUUACUCCUGUGGAUUUCGAAUCCAAGACGUUCUCGGGCACGGGUAUCGAGGCUGGUCCAGGCUGGGAUACGUCUGGGACGGUUUCUUAUAAUCUGCCAUCGGAUCUCGCGCUCCCGCCGCCUGAGGUGCCCUCGCUGGGAAGCGGGCACAAUGAACAUACACUGGCGAAUUGGCCAUUCGAUGCCUUUAGCACGGAGAAGGCCACUUAUAAAAGUAGCAUGGACCCUCCUCCGCCCCCGUUUAUAUUUCCGAACGACUCGUCAUCGUGGUAUAGAGAGACGGUCAACUUUCCCUCAGCUUCUUCCUCACCAAUGCAUGGGGGCGCGACGGGGUCAUCGACGCCUUACGACUCAGACGUGAGCAGCCUAGAAGCUUUGCCCUUGCCUCCUUUCCGCGCCUUUCCCUCGUAUCCUCCCCUUGAGCCCAGCUCUACUGCAGACUCUCGAUUCAGUCAUGCAGAGUCAUAUAUGAGGGCGACGCAUGGGUUGGAGCAGCUUGGUAUCGGGUCUGCGUCUGCAGCUACAGUCAAUGACAAGUACGGGUAUGCGCCUCCAUCCGCCUCUGAACGCGCCUCGUCUUCCUACUUCAGAUCUCACACAGCAUCAGCCCCGUAUGAUCCCAUAUAUCUGGACUCCUCGGUUCCGCCACAAGAUGGUCCGCCACUGCCCAAACGAGAGCCGACGCAGCCUCCAGCGUCGCCCAUCGAGUACAAGUUCACGCGGGAGUGGACAGCGCCCCCCGUGGAGAUGCCUUCGAACGACCACCGCGAAGUGCAGAGCGCGCCGCCCGAGACGGUCGUGUCGCGGAGGAAGGGGAAGCGCAAGGCGGAGGACCUCGACGAGUCUGGGGAUGCGGCGGCGUCGGGGCCAAGCUCCGCGAUGCUGGCGGACCCGAAGGCACUUAGGGAGGUGAAGGCCGAGCGCGCGCGCGUCCGGCGGAGCGGGGAGAAGAGGUCUGUGGAUGCGCUUCGUGAGGCGUUGGCUGAGUUUCUCAGCGCCAAGCAAGUCACGGGGCACGUAACGAAGCAAAAAUUGGAAGCCUAUGCUGUUGAAUAUAUCCAGUACCUGAGGCAAGCUAAUUUGGCAUGGGAGACAGAAAAGGCCUACCGAGAGAAGUUCCUCCGGGAUGCGUUAAGUGGCUUUUUGCCGCCGGGACUGGAACAGAGUCUUGAUGAAUUUGCUGCCGAUCUGAUUAAACGCCAACGAAGGGAAAUAGACGAGUUGAGGGAGCAAUUACUAGAUCAGCGGAUAUUGAACCAAGAUCCUCAAGAUGCCGAAUCAGUGCGGGACACGAUCCUGCGCUAUCGGGGUCGGAUAAUGGAAUUGCAGGAGAGGCUAGGGAGGUAG